GUCUGUCGGUCGGUCGGUCGGUCGUCGCCGCCAUGCUAGUGGUUAGUUUAGUGAACCAAACAUCAUGAUGUGGCAAAACGUUCGCGCGAGCUAAGGCCCGUAGCAGCCACGCCGCGUUAACCGGCACCAUCGUCGUUAUGUUAUCCACAGUAACACUCACGACGUUCGAUAAACACGAUAACGCGAAAAGUACAAAAAGUAUAUAUACACACAAGACACGCGAUAUAUAUAGAGAGGUAAAGAGAGGGUACGUAUUGUAGUAAAGAAAAAAAAAUAAAACCGUGAGAGAGAGAGAGAGAGCGAGAGAGAGAGAGAGAGAGAGAAAGAGCGAGAGCGCACGAUUCGGUAAAAAGACAAAUCGCGAAUACAACGACGGUAGCGGCGGCGACGAGGACGACGACGGCAACGACACGACGACAACGAUAACGACAGUGACGACGACAACGACAACGCAACGGUGUUAGUGGUGGUAGUAGUGCUCGCGGUGGUGGUGGUGGUGGUGGUUGUUGUUCGGUGCGAGCGGAAUCGCGCGCGGCACGACGUAAGGCCCGAUGUAAAUCAAAGCCGCCGCCGCCGAAUCGCACGGUCGAACGUACGUCGCGCAGUGAACAUCGUCGCGGCACGCGUCGCAAGUGCCGAGUGCCAACGGUCAGCCUCCAUAGCGCGGCAAGGAGACGAUCGCGAAGCGUAUACACGGAGCACGAGAGAUUGACGCUACGUUCGUAAUUUUUACCCCCGUGGCGUGAUGUUACUUAAACAGAUGCUGGAUCCGAGCGUGCUAACGGACCUGGAGGAGCUGACGCUUUGCGGAUGCUGCAAGCAGAAGUAUAAUGACGCGGAGCAAUGUCCCAAGUAUCUUAGCUGUAAACACUACUUCUGUCUACGCUGCAUCGAGAGCAAUCUUUUGAAGGGGCGGGAUCUGUUUUGCGCCCACUGUUGGAAGAAGACAGACUUGGGCGAUCAAGGUCCGGACGCUCUACCAACUCACUCUCCUCUACUUGCUCUGGCCAAUAAUCUAUCGCGUCUCAAAAUCACGACGAACAACACGUCCGGCAAACCCGGUGACAAGGAAAGGAAGAGCGAGAACUGUCACACACACGGGAUGCCGCUGGCAUUAUGGUGUGCGACAUGUUGCACGGCGCUUUGUAGAGCGUGCGCGACUCCACAAGAACACCCGGGUCAUCAGAUUAAAUCGCAAACCGAUGCCAAAGAACAGCUCAUUUCCGACGUUCAAUUGGAGUUAGUCGCCGUGGGCAAACUAUCGACCGAGAUUCAAAGACUGGCUAUGCAACAACGCGAGUUUCUGAUAAAGGUAUUGGAGGCAUGCGUGACGUUGAAAACGCACGUGGAGACAGAUCUACAGAACGGUUGGAGCCACUUUCCCGAGAUAACGGACGCGCGCGAAACCUUGGGCAAGACAAAGGCCGGUUUGCAGAUGAGCGAAACUCCGAGCGACGUAUACAAUCUGCACUCACAGCUGGUUCUAGAGAAACAACGGUUGCAAUCCAAGUAUCAGGAAAUGAUGCUGCAAUGCCAAUUGGACGAUCUCAUUGGUAAUUCUGGCGUGAUUUUCGACUUUGCCCUACUGAAACAAGCACUAGCGGGCAUUCAUACGGGGGAUCCGAUCGUUCCCCAAGGAGUGGGCAACGGCGGUCGCCUGCCAAAUCAUUUGGCGGCUUCGCAGAAUCCGAUACUAUUCCUCGCAAAUUAUUGCAUGUCCCAACUGUACACGCGCCAUGUCGUCAGUAAGCAACAGCAUAUGCAGAACGGUUCGAUGGAAUACCAUCACUCGAAUAUGAUGCCGCCGCCGCAACAGGCGCCGCCGGGAUCUGUUCACGUUCAUCAGGGUCCACCGCCGCCGCCACCGGGUCCGAACCAGACUCCGCAGCAACUUCUCAUUCCACCCGGUUCACCGUCCAUCAAACCCGUACCGCCCGCACCGCCCAAUGCCAUGUUACAUCCACAGCAGCAAUCGACAUUCAUACCCGACACAGUCGGUACCGGGAGUGCUGGCGGUGGCAGUCUGGUAACUGUACACUCGUCCCCCCAACCGCCGUCCAAUGCGAUAACGGCGACACUGACACGAGGCCCGGCAAAUCCGUAUCCUCUGUACUACUUCAAUAUCGAGGUAAACGGCUCGCCACAUGGACGCAUCGUAAUUGAGGUACGACCAGACGUAGCGCCAAAGAUGGCGAAAAACUUCAGCGUGCUGUCAACAGGAGAAGCCGGAGUUGGUUACAAGGGUUGCACGAUAUUCCAGUGCUGGGAAGGCGAAUCCGUGAUCACGGGCGAUUUUGAGCUUAACAAUGGUCGUGGCGGACGAAGCAUAUACGAGGACGGCUACUUCAUGCCAGACGACACCAAGUUCCCGGCGGUCAGGGGUGCGGUGGGAAUGAGACGGACGCAGAAGCGGCACGACAACCUCGGCAUGGUCGGAUCACAGUUUCGCAUAAUACUACAGGAGAUGCGUGGCUUUACCGGCAUUUUCGGCCACGUAAUCGAGGGAUUAGACCUGGUGGAGAAGAUAUCUACGUUCGGCGAUCAGACCGGCAAGCCUACCAAGAAUAUUCUAAUCACGAAGUGCGGUAAAUUGUAACGUUUACGCUGUCGCUGUCGCGCGGUUUGUUGUAGCGUGGGGUAAACUCUGUGAGAGAAGAGUAUAUCCCAUACAUACAUAUAUAUUAUUAUAUAACGCCGUAUACACGUUUUCCCGCUAUAGAUAACUGAAGGAAGGUCGCGACGGUCUUCCCGACUCGCGCGUUCGGCUGAGAAGGAAAUUUAUACGUAAGAAGAAAUACAAAAAGAUACGCGUUACACGUAAUUGCCCAACGAUGGGAGACGAUUAUUAUUAGAAUUAUUAUGUCCGCCGCGUACAUCCACUCGGGGACACCGUCGCGACACGUUUAUCCACGAAUCCUCCGAACGCUCCGUACGAAUCACGCAACUUAAUUAACUAUUAACAAUAGCGUCUAAAGAUGUCGAGUCUAUUUUUAAAUCGUGGGCGCGUGCGAGAAGAAAAAGAAAUAAAAAAAAUCCAUAUUUUGCUAUUGACCGGGAAUCGAUAUGAGAUUCUGCUAACAAUAAUGAUGAUCGAGAUACACACAUAUACACAUACGUACCUCAGAGAUCGACCGUGAUAUCGAUACGACUUCUCUAGCUGAUACGACGUAUUUGUUUUUAGGAAGAGAGAGGUCCAACGUUUAUUUUGGCUAUUAUCGGCGUUAACUCUGCUAAACUACGUUAUAGUUCUUAGAGCGCGUAUCAUGCGUCGGGCGUGAUAUAGUGGAGAAGAUACCGUGCGAUUCGCGGCAAACAGUUCUCCGCCCGGCUCCGUGUACGCAGCUAAUGUUUUAGGUCGUAGAUAGAUGAAUAAAAGGAAAACGUAUAGACCGGGGAAUUUAAGUAUAGAAAACUAUAUCGGGAAUUAACCGAAUCGCGUUUCGCGUUUACGCGAUAUAUAUUUGGGAAACAGAGGCGAUGAUAAACCUGCGCGCGGACGGAUGUUUGACCCUUUCUCGAUUACUUUUUUUUUUUUUGUGGGCGAGCCAAUCGCAGGCGGGCAUCUUCGCGACUUUAUAUGCUAAAAAGUCGCGGCUUGCGCGAUUCUAUACAAAACGCAAGAUUUGUUGUUUAGAAUUUUAGAUUCCGAAAAGAAGAAAAAAAUAUUGGUAUAGUUAAUCUCGUAGGAGGGCAAUUUGCGGUUCGUCGAACACGAUGUAUCGCGUAUCGUUCCGUUCCAGGGGCGCGAGGAAAAGAGCUAAAAGGGAAAAGAAAAAAAAGAAAAAAAGAGAUAUUCAUCGCGCGCGCGCGUCUUGCGAAGAAGUCUUGUGAUUCCGCUGCACGAAUACUAGUGGCGAACUUGUUCCCUUUUCGUUCUUUGUAAACUAGCGAACCGUCGUGAAUUAUAUCUGUAUUUAAGAUUAGAUCUCAAUACGUCGCAAAUGUAUGCAAGGCCUAACUACUACUAUGUAGAUUGUAAGCCUCGUGUCGUCUAAUCGGAAAACGAACGAAGGAAACAAAAAUGUGCGAAUAUAUAUAUGUACAUAUAUAUGUACAUAUAUGUACAUGUACAUUAAACAAAUCAUUCCUAUAUAUCGUACUACGAUAAUGUAAUUGCGUUAUAACUACUCGUCUGAAUUCUCGUAAUGAAGUCCCAUUAUGUAUCGUUAUAUAUACACUGUCACACGCGCGCGCGUGCGAGAGCGAACGCGUCUUUCCCUCUCUCUCGCGCGUACAAGUCAAGGCACACUCACGCGUUACCGUAAUAGCAAAAAUUGCACGCCCUCGCGUCGUCGCGGAUAUGCCUUCUCGAAGAAAAGCCUCAUUCGAUGUUGAACUUGAAAGUUUUAACACUUGUUGAUUAGCUAAUAAAAAAAAAACGCGUCUUUCGCGAUCGACAUUGCGAUGAUUGACACAACGCGAAAUGCGUCGCGUUGUGUGUCGUCUUUAGGAAUAAAUAUAACUCGCUCCUGUACAUGUACAAUAUUAUUAUAUACACGACGACCGUAAGCGGGGGUGGCUGUGUGUUCGAACGGAUGGAUGAAUGAACGAAUUUUCUCGUUUCGCUUCCGAGCGAGGAAGACUCCGACAAAUUGUAACUCUUAGUACGUAAUCGUAGAGACGCAAUCGUGAGAAGAAAAAAAAGAACAUAUUGUACCGAAGCGAGUAACGAUACAGACCCACCUGUAUACAUAUAUACAUACAUACAUACAUACAUACAUAUAUACAUACGUACGUACGUACAUUCAUACGUACAUACAUACAUACAUACAUACACACAUACAUAUAUAAACACAUACACACAUAUGUACACGGAUAUCUCUAUGUGCGCGCGCGUAUAUAUAUACAAAUAUAUAAACAUAUAUUUUUAUGAACGUGAUGAGGUAACAACGCAUAGCUUGUAAUAUCGAUUCUAACGACCGACCGAUUUAUCUUGUCCCUCGCGUGCGAUUAAACGAUUGAGCGGCUGUAAGCAUUUGGACAAGUUCUUUCCUCUCGUCUUUCUACCUCGCUAUUUUGUUUUCUUCCUUAUCUCUUUUCAUUACUUCCGUUCUGUCCCUCUCUCUUAUCCUCCUCUCGAGACGUAAUGAUCAUUGAGAAUGCAAAGAUCGUGACUAUUUUUUUUCAGGUUCGCGGUAAUUACACCGUAGAGAGCCAUCGUUUAAACGAAUUUUAUUAUUUCAUUAUACAUGUACGAAGUGAACGUUUAUCGCCUCAACUUAAAUGUACUUUUAAUCAAUCGAUUUUGAGUUAUAAACUGUUCUCAUUUCA